UGAGAGCGUAGGCGAGUGGUGACGUUUCCCUGGUCGGUAGGAGCGGGUCGCCGCUGCCGGUGGCAGAGCGCGGAGGCAGCGCAGUGCCGCCCGGCCCCGCCAGCAGCAGGCCCCGCGCCGCCCCAACGAUUCUUCUGAGGUCACUUUGAAGCCGCCAAAAUGGUUCUAGCAGAUCUUGGAAGAAAAAUUACUUCAGCGUUGCGCUCACUGAGCAAUGCUACAAUUAUCAACGAAGAGGUUUUAAAUGCUAUGUUAAAAGAAGUAUGCACGGCAUUACUGGAAGCUGAUGUUAAUAUUAAACUUGUGAAGCAACUAAGAGAAAAUGUCAAGUCUGCAAUUGAUCUUGAAGAAAUGGCAUCUGGCCUUAACAAGAGAAAAAUGAUUCAGCAUGCUGUCUUUAAAGAACUUGUUAAACUUGUAGAUCCUGGAGUUAAAGCAUGGACACCUACCAAAGGAAAACAGAACAUUAUAAUGUUUGUUGGUUUGCAAGGAAGUGGUAAAACGACAACCUGUUCAAAGUUAGCAUACUUCUAUCAAAGGAAAGGUUGGAAGACGUGUUUAAUAUGUGCAGACACAUACAGAGCAGGUGCUUUUGACCAGUUAAAGCAGAAUGCAACAAAAGCAAGAAUUCCUUUUUAUGGGAGUUAUACAGAAAUGGAUCCUGUAAUUAUUGCAUCAGAAGGUGUUGAGAAAUUUAAGAAUGAAAACUUUGAAAUUAUCAUCGUUGAUACAAGUGGACGUCACAAACAGGAAGACUCGUUGUUUGAAGAGAUGCUACAAGUUGCUAAUGCCAUACAACCAGAUAAUAUUGUGUAUGUGAUGGAUGCUUCCAUUGGCCAAGCUUGUGAAGCUCAAGCUAAAGCUUUCAAAGAUACAGUAGAUGUAGCUUCCGUCAUUGUGACUAAGCUUGAUGGACAUGCAAAAGGAGGUGGCGCCCUUAGUGCAGUUGCUGCUACAAAGUCUCCUAUUAUUUUUAUUGGAACUGGUGAGCACAUAGACGACUUCGAACCCUUCAAAACACAGCCUUUCAUCAGCAAACUUCUUGGCAUGGGUGAUAUUGAAGGAUUGAUAGAUAAGGUAAAUGAAUUAAAGUUGGAUGAUAACGAGGCACUCAUAGAAAAGCUCAAACAUGGUCAGUUUACACUAAGAGAUAUGUAUGAACAAUUCCAAAACAUCAUGAAAAUGGGACCAUUCAGUCAGAUCCUGGGUAUGAUUCCUGGUUUUGGGACUGACUUUAUGAGUAAAGGCAAUGAACAAGAAUCAAUGGCAAGGCUAAAGAAAUUGAUGACUAUAAUGGACAGUAUGAAUGAUCAAGAACUUGACAGUACGGAUGGUGCCAAGGUAUUCAGUAAGCAGCCAGGAAGAAUCCAAAGAGUAGCAAGAGGUUCAGGUGUUUCUACUAGAGAUGUCCAGGAGCUUUUGACCCAAUACACUAAAUUUGCACAGAUGGUGAAAAAGAUGGGAGGCAUCAAAGGACUUUUCAAAGGUGGUGAUAUGUCCAAGAAUGUAAACCCAUCACAGCUGGCUAAGCUGAACCAACAGAUGGCGAAGAUGAUGGAUCCAAGAGUUCUUCAUCAUAUGGGUGGCAUGGCAGGAUUGCAGUCAAUGAUGAGACAGUUCCAACAAGGUGCUGCUGGGAAUAUGAAAGGCAUGAUGGGAUUCAAUAAUAUGUAAAGAAGCCUUAAUAAAAAUGGACUGGUUUGACUAUUAGUUGCAACUUCAGUGAAAGGAUUUGCUUUAUUCCUUUUUACAGUGAUGGGCAGAGUGAUCUUUUAAAAUGCUAUUCAAGCUUCUUGGUUUCUACAUCUAAUUUCUGAAAACUAUUUUUGCUUAAAUUAGUUCCUCUCCUCUAAUACCUGAUGGCACAAAGAGUAAGUGAAUUUAAUGAUGUAAAAUUUUAAUAUUUAGAGACACUUUUUAAUUGUUUACAUUAAAUGGCAGCCAUUAUAUUUGUAAACAACCCUGAUCUUUGGUUAUAGUACAUAAAAUGUCACAAAUAUACUGUAAAAUAAAAUCAAGUAAUUAUUAACACA